AUCAGUUCGUGUUGUCCGCCGGAGUAGACAGAACCAAAGCCCGCGAAUCCCGGCCAUAUGUCGAGCAUGUGACCACGAAAGAUGCGAGACUUUUCCUCCAGAGACAAUUGAGAAGCCGAAAAGCAGUGCACGUGUCUGUGGAAUGUGAAAAGUGAAAACGCAACAGCAAUAGCAAUUGCAGCAGCAAAUUCAAUCUGAAACUCUCCUGCAAAGGCCAGGAACAGGACCAGCCGUGUCGUGUUUCAAAUUGCGUGUCUACUCGUACCUGCCCCCUGCCGCACUUGCCUUACUUGAUGGCUUUGACAUUGGCGCCACAUUUGCAUCUAGCCGUAGGGCAGGUGUAAAUAUUCAUUCCUCCCGCUGUGAAGAGUGGUUGCUUCUGCUGCUUUUAGCAUAAUUAAGAAGAAGGAAAAACUUGGUCAGAUCCUAGGUACCAAAACUUUUAAGAGAUCGCUGCAAUCAACGGCAUCAGCUUUAAAGGCUCCGUCACUGGACUGUAGGGGAGUGGUGAGGAGUGGACUGCUGCCAGUGGACGUCUACGGCAAGAAUGCUGGCCUCGCUCCAAGUCCGACUCCGAAUCGAGUACUCCUCUGAUCCCCGCCGACGCUGAGCGAUGAGGGAGCGGCAAGCAUGUCCUUGUCUGAGCACAACACGCCCAGCCACGGGGCUGGAGCAGGAUCGGGAGCAGUCCGCCAACGGAUGCCGCCGGAUGUGGAGGAGGCCCUAUCCUCCAUGCUUUGGACCCCAUACGAGCGCACGCCCAUGCCCAGCUCCUCGGAGGGCGAGGAGGAGGAGGAAGAGGAGGAGGAGGACGAUGACGAGCGCCUCAACCGAAAGCUCCACAAAUCGCACAGCAGCUACGAGGCUUCAGCGCUGAACCAGCCUUCUAUCCACCCACAAGCCCACUCCUUCCAUCUCCAUUCCAUCUACGCGCAUCGCCACCCACCAGCAGUGGAGUCAGUGCCCCUGCUAUUAUCACUGCCACUGGCACUGCCGCUACCCCCCGUGCCUUCCUUUCCAAAUUUUAGUUUAAGCGCAUUCGAUGCGGCCAUCGCAGGCUUCGAUCUGGCCAAAGCCGGGCAGGCGGCCACCGCAGAGGGGAGUGGCGCUAGCCGAGGUGGAGGGGGAAGACGGAACCGAUACUCAUACCCCUCCUACUACGGCAGCCCAGCCCACACUCUGACCCAAUGGUGUUCCUCGGCGGCAACGGCCAUCCAGGAGCCGCCCUCCUACGAGUCGCUCUACUCGGCCAAGGGCUCCACCUCGACCUCGACCUCCCUCCUGGCCAUGUCGAGCGUGGCUCGUCCCAGGAGCGGAUCCCAGCCGGAGACCGAACCAUGUGAUAGAUCGCAACGAUCGCCAAUGAAAGCAGCAGCUCCACUAACGGCAAAUGUUCCCGCUGAGCGUCUAGUGCGCUCCUUUACGGACGACUACAUAUCGCAGAACUGCGCUUCAUUCACGCCAGACAUAAAGCAAAGCAGCAACAAACGAGACACUGAAACGACAAAUGCAACGGAAAUGAGGCAGAGACAAAAACAAAGUCCAGCAACGAAUGCAAGAUCACAACAAAGCCGAGAAAAGACAAGCAGCAGCAGCAUCGACAACAGCAACAGCAACAACAGCAAAGAUAGCGACUGCAGCAGCAGCGAAGCCAAUUGCAUUAUCAAUGAACAGAGAAGAGGCAAAGCUGGCGAUGAGCACGAAAUGGCAAAAGCAACAACGAGAAUAGAGGAAACCAGCUUGAGAGCAGACCGCCAGGUCACUCAACCUGUUUCCUGUGCCAUUGCAGCCGGAGAGGGAGAGCGAGAGCGAGAGCACGAGCGCGAGCGCGACAGCCACAGCCAAGAGCGCCCAACGAUCAACCCAACGAUCACUCGCUCGACAAAUUUCAACGCGUUCACAACAACCGGCAGCAGUAGCAGCGGCACAAGCAACUUUUCGUAUAAAAACAGCAGCGACGGCAGCGUGCUGCGGCCCAACAAAUGUUUGGCAGAACUCGAGCGUCUGUACGCCGAAUUUCGCGCGAGUGAAAGUAGAUUUGAGCGGGGAACGGGGCGCCAGUCGGAUAUUGAUAACGCCAACAUCGAGAUGCGUUUGAAUGUGCCAGCCAAUGCAGUGGCAGUGCCGCCAACUGCAGCAGCAACAGCGAAUGCGAAUCCAAAUACGAAUGCAGGCAGUAGCAGCAGUGUGUUUCUUAAUGCAGUCAGCAGCAACAAUAACCACAGUGAAAGUCCUGCAGAGCAGGGCGUUAGCAACAUUGCUGUGCUGGCAGCGUCAACGGCGACUGGGACUGCAAAGUCCUGCCAGCGUCAGCCGAGUCUCACGAUUCAAGUAAACAACAGCAACAACAAUAAUAAUAAUAAUAAUAGUAAUAAUAAUAAUAAUAAUAGUAAUAAUAACGGUACUAGCAGCAGUCGCGUCUCGGUCGCGUCGUCGUCGCCCACGUCGAGCAUUGUCAACAACAAUAACGGUGUUUGUGUGGUUGAGAUAAAUAAUAGUGUGCCAGCAGCAGCGGCAACAGCAGCAGCUGCAAAAGUGUUUAGUGCAACAAGUGUCCAAAAUCUGCUAAAUAAUAAUACGAGUCCCAGUGGGGAUAAGCAGCAGGUUGCAACGCCACAAGCGCCAGCUGUCAGCAGCAUCAGCAGCAACCAUCACGUGAAUGAUAACAGUGUCAAUAUAAUCAAUGUGAAUGCCACUACCGUUGCCACCACCCCGCCACGCACCUUCACCUCCACCGAAUGCCAAACAGAUGACCUCACUGCAUCCCCCUCCUCUUCCCAGCAGCAGCAGCAGCAGAUACGCACACGGGAGCAGCGACGUCGGGAGAGACGCGAAAGGCGACAGCAGCAGCAACAGCAGUUUUCCCCGCAUCACCCAAGACGCCACCAUGCACCGCCGUCAGCACCCCCUCCGCAGCUGCACCCGCCCCCGCAUCUGCACCACCCACAUCCCGCAGCCAUGGGCCUGGCGCGUGCCCUCCUCCCGGACAUCCUACACCCGCACUACCCACCGCCCUACAGCGCCCUGCCCGUGCCCGUGCCCAUCACAGUGGUGCCUCCCCCCUCGCAGCAGCAGCCCCCCGCACAACAACCGGCACCGCCACCGCCGCCGCCGCUGCCACCAUCCGUGCCACCUGCAAUGCUGACAUCCGUGAUUUCCACGGUGCCCCUCCCCGGACCGGGUCCAGCGGGUCCACCCCUCAUGAGCGACGGUCGCUUCACGCUACCGCUGCCCAUCAUGCGCAGAUCUCCCUCGGAGCGCUCCGGGAAGGGAUGUUGCGGCCAGUGGUUCGCAGGACCUCCGCUGCGUGCCCUCAUCGCCGUCGUGGCCCUGGGCGGCGUCGCCUGCGCUUUGGGCGGUGCAGCUCUGGGUGCCACCGGUCUGGCUGGUCCCCCCAAUUCGCAUCUCACCGCCGCCCUGUUAAUGAUUGGAGUUGGCGUUGUGCUAGUGACGGUGAGUGGUGCCGCCUGGCGGAUGACGGCGCCCGGCGGUCAGAGCUGCCUGGGACUGGGCCUGGGAGCCAGCGUGGAUCUGGGCCGCUGCGGACGACGACCGUGCAGCCGCGGAGGCGGCGCUCCGCACGGCUUGCUCUACCCCGAGUUCCAGCACCGGCCGCCGCCCCCCUCCUACCAGGCCAGCAUGCAGGAGUACCGUUUGAGACUUUUGCUAUUGGACCGCGAUCGUCAGAACGGGGUGGUGCGUGGAAAUUCGCCACCGCCCACAUAUCGAUCUCAUGCGGGCAGCCUGCUAAGGGCCCCACUGACCACACUACGUUCCGGCAUGGGUGGAGGAGGCGCUGGUGGCACCAUCAGCAGCAGCAUGGGCGGAUCCGAGUACAGUCUUCCGCCUAGCUACCGGUCGCGCAACGCUACGCCCGCCAGCUUUGUGGGCGGCGAGCGGAACAUUGAGACGGCACCGUCGGGUAGGCUGCUGGCCAACGAAGACCUCCAUCUGCCGGAGCCGUCGCUGGCCGAGCAACUGACGAACUACACGACACUGCAGUCGAACACGUUACUCACGUCGGCCAUUGUGGAAAUAGAGCGGAAUGGCACACCGACAUCCACAAUCACAACGGCGACAUCCACAUCGACAGCAACGAAGGGCAAGGAUCUGGUGACCAUUGUGACCAUAUCGCAGGCAGACAGCGGCAGCCCCCACCUGCACUCCCAAAGGAACUCGGCUGGAAAGACGACGCACGGCCAGACCCAGACACAAUCCCAAUCACCUGGCCAGGCCAGUGCACUCGAUCAGAUCGAUAUAUUGGCGCAUCUGUAACCGAACGAAUCGGUCUUCGGUGCCCCGAGGGAAUUAGUUGAUUAGUUAGUUUUGUUCGAUUCGUUCGUUCACGCGUUCGUUCACUCGUGUUAACCCAAAGGUAUUUAUUUGUAUGGAACUAAAGCUCUGCUCCUAAAUGAAUAAUUUAAUUCGUACUUGCUAAUCUGUAACUGUAACUGUAAUCCGUAUUCUGUAAUUGUAAUUGUAACUGUACUCUGUAAGCGGCAUUUAGCUGAUAAGAUGUUUGUUGUACUUGAAUGUGUUGAAUUUAUUUUUGUAAGCAUAAGGAAAUGCGCAGAGUAGGUAUUACGAAUUAUAGAUACAUGCAAUUAUACAUACACAUAAACCCAUUGAAAGUAUUAACAUACGUAUUCAAAAAUGAAAAACGAAAAAAAAUGUUAAAAUAAAAAACUUAAAAGAUACAAAUAUGUAGAAGAGACUUCGGUUAGGACCGAAGCUAGCGUGCGCUUCACAGGGGAUAAGAGGAUAAUACCAGAUAUACCCAGUUCUCCGAUUGAUAUUUAUUAUGAUAUGUACCCCCUACAUACACUGUGAAGUGUAUAUACCAAUCCAUGGCGAACUCAGCCCACUAUCGAACUGUAAAUACGAAAUUUCGCGUGCAUUUCUAGCAUGUGUUAGCCGUAGGCCCCUCCCCCCAUCACACCCACUCAAGUAAACUAUUAAAUAAAGAGAUAAUAUAUAUAGGUGUA